CCCGGUAAUACAGUAACCUUAUGAAUUCUUUAUUAACUAACAAUAAGGGAAGACAGUGUUGUAAAUAAGGAAACAAUUGAUAAGCCUAUUUUGUCAAUAAAAAUCCCCAGUCAUUCUAGUAGGUGUAAAAUUUUCAUUGAAAAUUAACUUAGAUCGAUUCAGAUUUUGGCUAUUUAUUUAUUGAUCGCGAAUUUUUGGAUUAUCUCAUUCAAUAAAGUGUAAAUACCAUCAAAACAAACAGUAGAUUUACGUGGAUUAAUUUCUUACAGUCAAGAGUGUUAAGUGCUUACAUUGUUUUGGUUGUAAAAAUAAGGCACGUGGAGAUUGAGAGAAGGGUCCGGCGUGGAUACCAUUAAAGGACCUAAAUCGGCAUCUCCAUAUGUCAUGUUUGGGAUUAAAUGCAAAUCCGGGGGUUAAGUUUAAGCUGGGUGGGGAAGAUGGGUGUGAGCUGAAGAGGGUAUUGGCCCUGGCUGUGAUGGAAUAUAAACACAUCAGCAGUUAUCGUGCCAUUGUAGCGUCUACCACGGCCAUUCUAAACGCUGAACAUCAUGUUCACCCAGCCGUCACUGAAGGUGUUGAUGGGUCAGCAUAUACAGCACUGGACCACAGGCUGUAUAUUGUACAUGAAUUUUUACGUACGGAGAAAGAAUAUUUUAACCACCUUCAGUCUGUUCUAGAGAACUAUGCUGAACCCUUUAGGAAGUUCACUUCCCUGUCUGUGGAAGACCACAGGGUGCUGUUUGUGGGGCUUGAACCUAUAAUGUCACUGAGUGCAAUGAUAGGUGCCAAGUUGGAUGAUGCUAUUGAAACAUGGGACCCUACAAGCACAAAAAUAGGAAAUCUGUUUUCAAGCAAAUAUUGGAACCUUUAUGAAGAAUACGCAGACGGAUAUAGUGCAAUAAAAGGAACUUUAGAGGACAAAUAUGAGAAAGAUGAUUCAUUUGUAGAGUUUGUCGAGCUACGUAGAGGAAGUGCCGAGCUUUCACUUGAAGAUCUCCUACAACUACCUUUUCGAUUGAAUGAGGCAGAUGAAGGAGAACCCGGUUCUCCAAGAAUGAUGUUAACGCCCGACUCGCCUGCCACAGUGCGAAAGAAACGGAGAGCUCCUGCACCACCAUCAGGACUAGUUGCGGCUCGACAAAAGUUUCCGUCAAGUGACGAUAUUGUCGAUCAAAAAAUUAAACAUCAUCGGACUCAAAGUGUGAAAACUGCGAGGCCGAUGAGCCUCAGUCCGAACAUGAGGGCUUCAAACUUAUGGGAUGAGUUAUUGUUAAGAAUGAACCACCAGUCCCCAUCACCUAAUAGUUCACCAAAGGUGACUAGGACAAAAACAUUGCUUGAUAAAUUGCGUUCACCUAGAUUGAUGCACAAAAGUACACGACGGAAACGUACAACAUCCAAAGAUGAUGAAGAGGCAGGGUUCAAGCCCGCGUCUCACAGCAACAAUUCCUCUUUUGAUGAACCAGAUGGAUUUACUCAAGAAACCCUAUAUUUUGUGUUACUACCACUGGAUUUUAACAGAGAUACAGAGUUUGAG